ACGUAAAACCGAACGCGUAACUAUGUCGAUUGAAUGACUUAUUGUGGAAGGGAUUACCUUUAAUGUAUUUAAAUUUAUACCCGUUUGCGUCAAUUUAAUAAUUAAUUAAUUUGUAAAUAAAAUUAUAAAACGAAAUGUUAAUGUCGGGACCUUUUAUUAAUUUAUGUGCAUCAAAAGUGUCAUACGCUCUUGCUUAUAUCCGUUGGUUUGUCAAAUAAAAUUAAUAUAUCAGAAGUUUUAUAGGAUUUACAAAGCAUAGAGUGUUUAAAUUUUGUAUUGAUAUAUAGUAACGUUAUCUUGUCAGAAUCAGAUUAAUAGGAUUUUAAGAAAGAUAAAAUGGAAAUAGCAAGAAGGAUAGAAGAGAAAGGCUUAGAGAAGUCUUUAAGAGUGAAACAGGCUCUAGAGAGCGGGAAUUCUGAAGUCGUGACGGUCUACGAUGGGGCUGUCCUCUUCAUCACCGGUGGUUCAGGUUUCAUUGGGAAGCAACUCGUGGAGAAGAUACUGAGAACAUGCAACGUGAAAAAGAUCUAUCUAUUGCUACGACCGAAGAAGGGCAAAACAGCCAUCCAGAGGUUAAAUCAAAUUUUGGAAGAUCCGGUAUAUGGAAUUCUUCGCUCAGAACAACCAGACUUCGCGUCCAAGCUGAUCCCGGUCGAGGGUGACGUGGUUGAUCUAAAUCUUGGAAUCGAGGAAGAGAGUCGGAAGAAAAUUAUCGAAGAGGUAAACAUUAUUUUUCACGGCGCUGCAACAAUAAAUUUCGAAGAAACUAUCAAACUAGCCGCUCUCACGAACAUCAGGGGCACCAGGGAGAUACUGAAUCUGGCGAAAAGCUGCAAGCAACUGAAAUCCCUGGUUCAUAUUUCAACCGCUUACGCCCAUGCCACCAAAUCAAGAAUUAAGACUGAGAUAAAGGAAGACUUCUAUAACAGCCCUCUACCGCCAGACGCUCUCAUACAAUUCGCGGAAGAUCUGGAGAAUGAACAGCUGGAAAAAGUUAUUGAACCAUUGAGGAAAGACUGGCCCAACACUUACACGUUCACGAAAGCGAUAACCGAAGAGCUUGUGAGACAGACAGCCACAGAUCUUCCCGUCUGCAUAGUGCGGCCAGCUAUCGUAAUAUCCGCUUACAAGGAGCCAGUGCCUGGUUGGGUGGAUAUCAAGAACGCGUAUGGGCCCAGCGGCAUGGUCUUAGGGGUGUCCCUGGGCGUCACCCACACGGUGCAUGCUGAUGAAGACAUAAUGCUGGACUUCGUGCCAGUGGACAUUGUGAACAAUGCCUUAAUAGUGGCCGCUUGGAAAACCCAUCAGAGUUACAUCGCCGGGGAGAAACAGAUAAAAAUAUAUUUCGUCACCGGACACCGAAAUCCAAUUUAUUACCGCGAUGUAGUCAACGUAGUCAAGGAACAAGCCAGGCCGCUGGUGUCGCCUAAGGCAAUAUGGCAUAGCUUCGCCGUGGUGACCAAGUACAAGCUGAUCUACCUCCUCCUCACCUGGCUCCUGCACUACAUACCCGGCUACAUCAUCGACGGCGUCUGUGUGAUGAUAGGCGAGAAACCGCAAUUCAUAAAAGUCUAUAAGAAAGUGUAUUCCGUGUCGUCCGUGUUUGUCUAUUUCACAAACAACGACUGGGUGUUCCUGGACGACAACGCUUUGGGACUUUAUGACCAGCUGAACAGCGCCGACAAGGAGCUGUUCACGUGCGACAUGCAACAAGUGGACAUGCCAGCCAUGCUCAUGACGUGGUUCUACGGCGUGAGCAAGUUCAUUAUCAAGGACGACGUCACGCAGUACGAGUACGCUGUAAGGAAACAAUGGUGGCUGAGGAUAGCCAACGUCAUGUUCCUGACCCUCUAUUUCUACGCGCUGUACAAACUAGUUGCAGUAACAUGCGCCUGCUUGUUUUAUUUCUUCAACCUGUCCGCCGGUGUUUAUCAAACUUCUGUGUGAUAUUAAAGUGAUUGCUAGUUC